AUGGCGUAUCAUAUUAAAAAAGAGUAUUUAAAAAAUUGGGAUAUACAAGAGAGAACCGAUAAUCGAGCACUUUUUCUUGCAAACGAUUAUGACGAAGAAGAUAUUUACAUAUCGGAACGCUCAUCAAUCACUUCAUCCAAUGAUACAUGCCAAUUAAUUAGCGCAGACAAUGAACAAAUACCAACAGCAACGUCUUUGUCCCCGCGUUUACCAUCUUCUCGAAAGGCGCCACAUAGUCUUCGAUACACAUACAAUGAUUUACCCUCGAAUGGCAUUCCAGUGGCUGUUCAAUAUCAAAAACAGAAAAAGGAAGAAAAGACUAAGAAGAACACCCUUCAUAAAGCACCGCCUGGUCACGGAACUUUAGUACCUUUACCAGAGGUAAAGCCAACCGGUGUUGAUGAUAAUUAUUAUCCGUAUUGGUAUUAUUACAAAUUGAAAAAUCCUGAUUGGAUCGCACGUCAACGCCAGGCGAAUCAUCAGCAGAAGGCUCCAUAUAAUUUAACUGAAACUUCAAAAUAUCCUUCUCAACCUUCCCUGACAACAUUACCGAUCAAACCAAAAAAGCGAACGCCGAACUCUCGUCCGAAUGGAGUACCCGUCGUCCAGAAUAAACAACAUCAUGAUCAUUCGGAGAAAGAUUCAGUUACACCAUCGCAUGUGGUAUUGCACCAAGAUCAUGACACUCCUCAACAACGGCCAACGUCGAGACGCUACGUACCAUUAAAAGAUCCAGACAAUCAUGAUUAUUAUGAACAACAACCAAAACGAAAAGUACUACCAGAUCGCCGUAAACUUAAAACAGAAUAUGAAUGGACAGAUCACUAUUUACAAUCGAUAUCAAAUAAACCACCACAAAACCCAAGUAAUCUAAUAAUAACACCCAAACCAAUCGCGAAUCGGUCAAAAAUUCAAUCAAAAAAUACCGAUAAAUAUUUUUUUACCUCUGACAUGAACGACGAUGACAGUUAUUACCUUCCUCAACAUCAUCAUCAUCAUCAUCACCAUCACCAUACUCCUGCACAACAAAAUCGUUCUCAUGUACAGACUCAUGGUCAUCAUCAUCCUUAUCCUCCUUCUAUUCCCUCGGAAUCAAAUCACCUCUAUCAUCGAACAACUUUACAAAAUAUUUCUCAUCAGGACGAAUACCAUCAACAACACCUACACAUUCGUCGUCGUUCGUCGUCAGGUGCAUACAUUGACUCUGACGUUCAAGUCGUAGACAUUUUAUAUGACGAUCCAUAUCCACAUACAUCUACGUUGUAUAACCAAAUUCCUUAUUUACCAGCGAUUACAAAUAGUCAUCAACAAAAAGUUCAUGUCAAUCGAUAUCCAGUUGAUUACUAUGGAGCAUUGUCUCAACUACCAAAUAGUAGAGCCUACAAACAAACAACCGGAAAAGCGAAGACUUACAAGCCGAAAAUACAUUCACGAUUUUCUGAUCAUCAUCUGCAGAAUGUCACAGACAAGAGACUCGUAGUUUGA